AUGCUCUACGCUGUUCGCCAGGGUGCCCCGGUGCUCUUGGUGCAUGCCCACAGCAAUGGCUGUGACAUCGGCGAUAUGCGCCAAACGCUGCAAAGCAUUUCUGAAUCUCUGAAAGUGCACGUGAUGUCAUUCGAAUUUCCCGGCUACGGGCUGCACCUGGGCCACGCGAGCAUGCGGUCCAUUGACGAGGCCGCAGCUGCUGUGCUGAAUUACAUCGUGAACGAUCUAAAGAUCAACCUCACGCAGGUGGUUUGGUACGGCCGCUCCAUCGGCUCCGGCCCGGCCAUGCGGGCGGUGCACCGCAUCUCCCAGGAGUUGAAGCAGCAGCCGGGGGGCGUGGUGCUCCAGUGCGGCUUCGCCAACUUCCCGGAGGUGGCUGGCCACCUCUUCGGCCGCGUGGCGAAGCGCUUGGUGAGUCGGCUUUGGCCCAACGAGGCGGAUUCCUGGAGAGAGCCGAUGGAUCAGUAG